AUGAUGCCGAUGCAGUUGCAGGGAAACUGCAAAGAGCUUUUUUUGGUGAGUUCUCUCGUGUGUUUUUCUCUGGGUUUUUUUCCAAUCGUGGCUUUACAGUUUCAGGAUCCGCUCACCUUUUCUGUCUCACGAUUUCGUUCGAUUCACUCAUUUCACUUCUCAGAUUCACCGACUAUGAAGGAAAAAGAUGAAAGAAGUAGAAUUUCUUACCUACCGGAGAUAGUCCGGUGCUUCUUCAGAUCAGAGAAUAUUAUCAGAAAUCUAGCGAUGAAGAAUGACAAAGUCGAUGCGGUGAGGAUGAUGUAUGACAAAGUUGCAGCAAGGUUCUCGAUUGAGAAAAUCAGAGAGAUAGGAAUCUCGAAUUCUUCAGUUGUCCCUCGAGGAAAGAGGUGA